AUAAAGGGAGGCCCUAAUCACCCGCCCCUGCCUGCAGUGUCCAGCAUUUUGUUGCACAGUCCUGAGUGCUUCUAGAAAUGGCCCCCAAGAAGAAGGAAGAGCCAAAGCCUGCUGCACCAGCGGCCCCUAAGCCGCAAGAACCGGAGCGCCCAAAGACUCCUGAAUUUGACCCAGCAACAGUAACGCUGGAAUUUACACCAGAACAACUUGAGGACUUCAAAGAUGCUUUCCAGCUGUUUGACCGAACACCAACCAGUGAGAUGAAAAUAACUUACGCGCAGUGUGGUGACCUGAUCAGGGCUUUGGGCCAGAAUCCCACCAAUGUGGAGAUCAUGUAUGUCCUUGGAAAGCCCAAAGCUGAAGAUAUGCAGACCAAGAUGCUUGACUUUGACCAGUUCCUUCCAAUUUACCAACACAUCUGCAAAGCCAAGGACCGUGGAACGUUUGAAGACUUUGUUGAGGGUUUGAGGGUGUUUGACAAGGAGGGAAAUGGUACAGUGAUGGGCGCUGAGCUCAGACAUGUGCUGGCAACCCUUGGUGAGAAGAUGAGGGAGGAUGAAGUGGAGCAGCUGAUGCAAAACCAAGAAGAUGCUAAUGGCUGUAUAAAUUAUGAAGCUUUCGUAAAGUACAUCAUGGCAUCAUAAAAUAGCCCUUUGAGCCUUAAUGUGAUUUUGGUGCUACAUCUGAAGACACAUAAAAAGCCAAUUGGAAUAGGAAAAAAAGUCAUUUUCUUCACUGCUAAGCAAGGAUUUUUGUCACCUUUUAAACAAAAGGAAUCUACAUGUCUGUCAAAUCCACUUUGAACAAUUUUCAUUUGCAUGUGUUAUGAAAGACAAAUUCAUAAAUGCUUUAUCUCAUUUUCUAAGUCUCAUCAGGCUGAUGUGGUGCCUCUCUGUACAUUUUUCAGAUCAUGGUGCAUAAAUAUAUUUGUUUCAUUGUGUUA